AUGUUCAGGCUCCUGGUAAGAAGCAUCUGGAUGGAGCAUUCAGGGUUCUCAGGUAUCUCAAACAAUCUCCCGGACAGGGACUUUACUUCCCGUAUCACAAUCCACUGCAACUCACUGCCUACUGUGACGCGGAUUGGGGAGGGUGUCAAAGCACCCGACGGUCUACCACAGGGUACUAUAUCAGUCUUGGUGGAGCUCCUAUAUCAUGGCGCACGAAGAAGCAACGAGUUUUGGCACGCUCUUCUGCAGAGGCCAAAUACCGUGUCAUGGCGAGUACUGUUAGUGAAAUUCUCUGGUUGCGCUGGUUAUUGCAGGAGCUCGACGUUCCACAAGAUGGUCCGACCCCGUUACACUGUGAUAACCAGGCGGUACUACAUAUUGCCAACAAUCCCGUUUUCCACGAAUGGACUAAGCAUGUGGAAAUGGAUUGUCAUUUCGUUCGAGAACGAGUUCAGUCUGGACACAUUUUGCCAGUCAAAGUGCACACUAAUCUUCAGCUUGCUGACCUACUCACUAAGGGUCUUGGUGCAGCCCGCUUUCGUUUCUUCCUUUCCAAGCUGCACGUUCGUGAUCUCCACGCUCCAGCUUGCGGGGGAGUAUUGGGCCGAGAACGAGUUGCCGACCCAGCAGCCCAACAUGCAACGACAGCCCAUGCAAGGCACGUACACUCCGUCUCCUUGGUGA